UUUUUUUUGAAAUAGAGAAAUAAAUGGAGAAUUCAUCAUUGGGAGCUGCAAUUUGUGCUGUUUUUGCAGUUUCUGGAGGUGUUGUCCUUCUUGCAUCUAAAGUUCAUAAACACCUCCUUUCUGAUUUCAUGAAGAAGAUUGAAAUUGAAAUUAGACUAGAAAAAGACCAACAAAAGAAGAAGGUGAGGUUUUCCAAUGAAGUUAUAAAAUUGGGCCCUCAAUUAUUAGAGAAAGUUGAAGAAAUUGAUGAUCAUAAUCCAAAGAGAAGGAAUAAUCCAAAGAACUUUGAAUCUAUGCCUUUGAAUUGGCAAGCUCUUUACAAAGGGAUCCUCCAACACAAGUCCCUCAAACACUACAACUAAAUUCAAUUUUCAAUUUUGUAAUAUUAUUAUUAUUAUU